UGGGAAGCAACAUUUAUAAGCAUGGAGAGGGGAAAUAAUGUUGACCAUCAACAACUGAAGCCAUCAGUUGUUUUAACUGGAACUGCGAAAGAAGGUAGUGUUGGGCCACCUGUUGGUCUUGUAGACAUCGGUGUGAGUGAAGGUGCCUACCUUUUCCGCAUUGCACUUCCUGGUAUCCGAAGGGAUCAAAGUAAGGUGAAAUGUGAGAUGCACCGUGAUGGGAAGGUUCAUAUCCAAGGAGUUAUAACGGAUGGAACUACGCUGAAAGAUUCAAGUGCAUACCAGAUGAAAGUCCAGCAACUGUGCCCACCUGGACCUUUCACUAUUUCCUUUAAUCUGCCAGGACCUGUCGACCCCCGAUUGUUUUCUCCCAGUUUUCGUCCUGAUGGUAUCCUGGAGGUGGUGGUUAUGAAAUACAAAAUGCAUACUACUCCUCCUCAUACCUAAGGAAUUCUAAGGAGUUGUCCAAUACCAAAUAUCGCGAGGCAUGUCUUAGGGAGCAGAAUGCAUGUCAAGGUUCCUAGAUGCAUACUUUUGUUAGGAAAUCUGAGAAAAUAUGAGUCUCUGUACAAUUAAUAUUGGAUAUUAAAUCAAUGGUUGGUAUAAGGUGAUUAUAAACUCUGUAAUGUUGGAUAUUCAAUUAGGAGAACUUCAAUAUAUUUUUUU